CGCGUUGCGCGGGUUAAUGUUUCUCGGUAGCAGAGGGCUCACAAUAACAUUGCGUUUCAUCUUCAUAUCGGAGUAAUAUUCUCAGUUUUCAGAGCACAAAAUGAGUUUAUGGGUCGACAAAUACAGACCAACGUCUUUGGCUAAACUGGACUAUCACAAGGAGCAAGCAAAUCAACUAAAAAAUCUGGUCCAAUGUGGUGACUUUCCACACUUGUUGGUUUAUGGACCGGCUGGUGCUGGGAAGAAAACCCGCAUCAUGUGUCUGCUGAGAGAGCUGUAUGGCCCUGGGGUGGAAAAACUCAGGAUUGAGCAUCAGUCUAUUACGACUCCAUCUAAAAAGAAACUUGAAAUCAACACCAUUGCCAGCAACUACCAUAUAGAGGUGAAUCCUAGUGAUGCCGGGAACAGUGACCGUGUGGUCAUUCAGGAGCUGAUAAAAACGGUUGCUCAGUCUCAACAGAUUCAGUCCAGUGCUCAGAGGGAGUUCAAAGUGGUGCUAUUGACGGAGGUGGACAGGCUCACUAAAGAUGCUCAGCAUGCCUUGCGACGUACGAUGGAGAAGUACAUGUCCACCUGCCGACUGAUUCUAUGCUGUAACUCCACCUCUAAAGUGAUCGCUCCUAUCAGGAGCAGGUGCCUGGCUGUGAGAGUCCCCCUGCCAAGUGUGGAAGAGGUGUGCAGUGUUCUGUCAGGUGUGUGCAGGAAGGAGGGGCUGCUACUUCCUUCUGAGCUGGCCAAACAGAUCGCUGAGAAGUCUGGCCGCAACCUUCGCAAAGCCCUUCUGAUGUGUGAAGCCUGCAGGGUACAGCAGUAUCCAUUCUCUCCAGAUCAAGAUAUUCCUGAAACAGACUGGGAGGUGUACCUUAGAGAGACAGCUAAUGCUAUUGUCAGUCAGCAGAGCCCUCAAAGACUUUUGGAGGUUCGAGCACGACUAUAUGAACUUCUUACACAUUGCAUCCCACCAGAAAUCAUCAUGAAGGGCCUGGUGACAGAGUUGCUUAGUAACUGUGAUGGGCACCUGAAAGCUGAAGUGGCUCAGAUGGCUGCAUACUAUGAGCACAGACUGCAGCUGGGCAACAAAGCAAUCUACCACCUGGAGGCAUUUGUAGCCAAAUUCAUGGCCAUCUACAAGAAGUUUAUGGAAGAUGGACUUGACAACUUCAUGUUCUGAGUCAUUGUAGCCUAAAUGAAAGAUAUUUAAGAUGCCUGAUUUU